CCGGAAGUAAAUAAAUGAAAACACGUGGGUCGUGUUUGUGUUCGAUUAAAACUCUCUAGAUCUUGUCAAAAUGCGGCCAUUAACAGACGAAGAAACGAGAACAGUUUUCGAGAAGCUGUCUAAAUAUAUUGGAGAAAACAUCAAGUUGCUGAUUGACCGACCAGAUGGCACAUACUGCUUCAGAUAUCAUCGCGAUAGGAUAUUCUAUGUUAGUGAAGAGAUACUGAAGAAGGCAGCUCAUGUUUCAAGAGAGAACCUCAUGACGUUUGGAACCUGCUUUGGAAAGUUCACAAAGAGUGGAAAGUUUCGAUUACACAUCACAGCUUUAGAUUUUCUGGCACCAUACGCUAAGUUUAAAAUCUGGGUGAAGCCAAGUGCAGAGCAGCAGUUUCUGUACGGCCAUCAUGUGAUGAAGUCGGGGCUAGGUCGAAUCACUGAAAACACAAACCAGUACCAAGGCGUGGUAGUUUACUCUAUGAAUGAUUUACCAUUGGGAUUUGGAGUUGCCGCAAAAUCAACACAGGAGUGCCGCCGUGCAGAUCCGAUGACAAUAAUCACAUUUCACCAAGCGGAUAUCGGAGAAUUCAUCCGGAAUGAGGAGGCACUUUUAUAGCAUAAAGUCUAUUUGCAUCAAACAAAGACUCUUGGCUCUUGGACAAUAACUUUCUGGAAUGAAAUCAGGAUCGAUUAUUUCAUGGGGGGGGGGGGGGUCAAUGUGAUAGAAGUGAGAACACUAAAUAGACAUUUAUCCCUACUGUGUUCGGUUAAAAAUUUAUCUUCUGUUGACAGUGUUGUUGUAUAAAUGUACAAUAAAGUUGUCUGUGAUUCAGA